AUGUCUGUUAUUGCGAAACGCGAUAUUGCGCCAAUGUCUCCUCCCUCAACAACCGCCACCCCCAGCUCCCGACUUAGCACUCCUACCGCGCCGGUCGUGAUCCCUGUGAAGGGCCAACAUGAUGCUACACUCGAGCGAAGCCGACAUGGGAAGAAGGAAAAGAGGAUGCGAAAUAUCCAUUCGCCAAAUGCUGUUCCACCUUCGGUAGCGGCCCUCCUUGCGCUCACCUCGAUCCCUCCUCCGCGAGGCAGCAGGCGCCAGGGUGGCCAAGGUCAAAGGUUGACUGUAAAUGCCAUACUCGAACAUACCAGGGCAUCUGAGAAGCAGUUGGGCAUAAGCUUAGGAAAGAGUCAUCUUCACCUUCUACUGAGUCCUCCCGAAGAGGACUCUGAGGUCACCGAGAGCGAGACAGGUUGUGAAUCCCUCUUAUCGAGGCGCACAACAUGGAGUGGAUCUGUUCCCUCCCUGGAGGACGAUGGCUCCAUUUCUGAAGCCAUUUCUGAAGCAUCGCCUUCCUCUGGAUCCCCCGUCACCGUUGGCUUCCGCGGGAGACGGACGCCUCCCAAGAGGAAGCAAUCGCUCCUACUUCCUCUAUCGGUUCCGUCGGAAGACCACCCUUUGUCCGUUGUCGAUGUGGAAGAAAUGGAUUUUCGGGUUUUUAGAAAGAGGGGCGAAGAACAAGAGAGGCCGGAUACCGAAGCGACCCCCCAGCGCAAGUCAGCUUUCAAGUCAAAUCUGACGGCUUCCUUAAGGGCGCUAAAGUCAGCCGCAAAGUCAUUCUCGAGCCUCACAACACCAUUAAUCGCGCCGGACGAUUUCCUAACGAGGUCCAUUAUUUCCAUUGACCCUCAAGUACCAUUUACAGACGAACGCAUGCCAUCACUCGAAGAUACCCCGACACCUGCAUUACGCCGAUAUCUCAACCCGACUUCCAACCCCCCAGGCGAAGUACACGUAUCGGCCUCGAUACAGAUGCAAACUUACAAGAUAACUCGCACUGGGAAAAGCACUUCACCAAGUGUCAUUAGCCGGCGUACCGUCCCGACUCCGGAAGAAGGGACCGAGGCCUCAGUUCCAUUCAUACGUCAGCGAGACAUGCGAGAGAAUAGCGAUUUCAUUCGGGUGGCAGUCAUGGAGAUGCUCAUGCGAAAGAAGGGGAAGUUGGACAAUCAGAAGCCUGGUAGAGCUCGCUGGGCUCUGCCACCUAGGAAGCCAUCAGGAGCCUACGAAAUUUCUGUCACCGGUAUCCCAGCGAGAUGGGUUUCGGUUACAAAUUGA